CCAAACGGCGUUUCCCAAUCUCGCCCUCUCUCGCCUCCUUUGUUCCCCUCGUUUUCUCCCCCCCCCACCCCCUACCCCAACAACCAACAAACAGAACACCCGUUUCAGUCCUGUCGCGUCCACAGCACCCCGUAUUUUCAGGUCUGCCCUGGUUUAGCAGCAGCAGCAGCCGACAAUGUCGCACAGCAGUCACAGCAACCCUCCUGCCGAGUCGGCGUACUUGCGGGAGGGCCAAAAACCCGAAUUGUUGUCGUUCCCGUCCGACGACUCUUCUCAGCCUCAUCGCGCUUCCUUAGAUCAGCAACAUCAUCAUCCACAACAUCAACAUCAACUUCAGGAGGGAGAGGAAGAACAAGAUCAUCACGAGAACAACAGCAACAACAUCUUCCCACUGCCUGCGUCGUCACAUGCUCACUACCCUACGACGAUCGCACCACUCUCCACUUCUACUGCUACUGCUGCUGCUGCUGCUGCUGC